AUGAGGCGGUGGAUCGAUGAGAAAUCGAUGGACAUUCGCCCAUCGACAUCAAGUGAAAGAAAUGAUGUUGGGGAAAGUUUGGAGAUCGAUAAUGUCACAAUACAGACACUCAGGUUUCAGCCCAACCAUCCCUCACCGCUCUCUCCAUCGGAUCAUUCUUCUCGAAGAAAACCCCGCGAUUCUCUGUGGAGACUCAAAGGAUUGUUCUACUUUUUCCAAGCCUCUCUCUUUCUAUCUGUGAUAGCUCUUUGUGCUGCGAGUAGUGAUGAGUAUUCCCUUGUGAGCGAUCGAGGCGGUCCCCGCAAAGUCUACACAAAUGAGUGGGCGGUGAGGAUAGCCGGUGGAUCGACUGAAGAAGCCGAUCGAAUCGCGAGAAGAUACGGAUUUGAAAAUAAAGGACGGGUAAUCGAGGGUGGCGAGUAUUUCAUUUUCCUUCGGCCAAACGAGCGCCGAAAAGCGACCCGAAAGACGCGAUCUCUCUACGUAAAUGGACUCUCGCAUGAGCCAGAGGUAUUAUGGAUGGAGCAACAAGUGGCGAAGAAACGGGUGAAACGGGAUUUUCGACGAGUACGCCGAAAUCUCGCCGACAACGAGGUUUUGGAGGAGUCCCAGAUCUCAAAGUCUCGUAAUCGCAAGCCGAAAUUCGAUCCAAAUGAUCCAUUGUGGACGGACAUGUGGUACUUGAAUCGAGCCGACAAAUCGGAAGAAGGCAAAAUGGAUCACAACGUGCAAGAAGCCUGGGAUCUCGGCUACACGGGAAAAAACGUUGUUGUAACAAUCCUGGACGAUGGCUUGGAGCACACACAUCCCGAUAUAUUGCCCAAUUACGAUCCAAAAGCCUCAUACGAUGUGAAUGAUCGUGAUGACAAUCCAUUGCCAAGAUAUGAGUAUUCAGAUGAGAACCGACAUGGGACAAGAUGUGCCGGUGAGGUAGCGGCCGUGUUCAACAAUACUCUCUGCAUCGUUGGCAUCGCGUACAAUGCGAAUAUUGGAGGCAUUCGCAUGUUGGACGGAGAUGUGACCGACGCGGUCGAGGCUGCCUCUCUCUCACAUGGCACAAAUCAUAUCGAUGUUUAUAGUGCUUCUUGGGGUCCUGAUGAUGACGGGAGAACGGUUGAUGGACCGGCGAAGCUGACGAGAGCUGCUUUCGAGCGGGGGAAUUCGAGAGAAAAAUAUAGGAAAGUCUUAAGAUUUCAAAAACUAUUCGAAUCUUUUCAGGGUCGCGGCGGAAAAGGCUCAAUUUUCGUGUGGGCAUCGGGUAAUGGAGGCAAAGAUGGAGACUCGUGCAAUUGUGACGGGUACACAAAUUCGAUCUACACAUUGUCGAUCUCCUCAGCCACCGAGAAUGGGAAUAUUCCAUGGUAUUCGGAGGCUUGCUCGUCCACUCUAGCCACCGCCUAUUCAAGUGGCGCAGCCGGAGAGAAAAUGAUUGUGACAACCGAUUUGCAUCAUGGCUGCACCACACUACACACGGGUACCUCAGCUUCUGCUCCGUUAGCCGCGGGGAUCGUCGCGUUGGCGCUAGAAGCUAAUCCGAAUUUGACGUGGAGGGAUUUACAGCAUCUCGUCGUGCGCACGGCUCGUCCGAUUCAUCUACGAGCGGGAGAUUGGGUGACGAAUGGAGUGGGCAGAAAUGUAUCGCAUUCAUUUGGAUACGGACUCAUGGACGCUGGUGCCAUGAACGAUUCCCAUGGUAAUCGCUUGCAACUUCAACUUUACACGGACGGAUGCGCCGGAUCGGAUGAUCAUGUGGCCUAUGUGGAACACGUGCAAGCAAUUGUCACUCUGAAAGCGCCAAAGCGAGGCGAUAUUCAGAUUUACCUCACAUCACCAAGCAAUACGCGAAGUGUUCUGUUGACGAAACGUGCUCGCGACUCAUCGAGAGCCGGCUUCACCGAGUGGGCUUUCAUGACGACACACAAUUGGGGCGAGUACGCGGCUGGACUCUGGACACUAGAAGUCGAUAAUGAUGGAUGGGAUGAUGCCGAACUGGUGAAAUGGGAUCUCGUGCUGCACGGCACCGCGCAAGAAGUCGGUCCAUCCGGCUCACAGCAUCCGGAAGGUGAAUUGAAAGAAGAAGAGGAAGAAAGCGAUGAGGAAUGCCCAAUAAAAAUCAGAAAGCUUCUGGAAAACGAUGACAAAGCUGAUUCGGUGAAUGAAGAAGAAAACGGGGGAAAUGAAAAUGAAAACGAAAACGAGACGAAAAUCGAGUCGGAUCCGUCGAUCACAAUCGAUUGUCAACUGUGCGAGCUGCGUUUCGACUCGAUUGCUUCUUUGCAGAAGCAUACUCUCAAAUCACAUGUGGAAACGGGAAAUCGAGUGCUUCCUUCGACAACCGAUGACAUUUCUCUUGAGUGUCAAGUUUGCUCAGCCAGGAUGCCGACAUUCGAAGCUUUCGCCGCCCAUAUGCGCUCUCAUCUCAGCGUUCCGAAUGGAGCGAAUGCCUCAAAUGAAAUCCCGAAAAAGUGCCACUUGUGCAAGACAAGGUUCACAACGGAAGAGAGACUCCAGCAACAUUUGAGAACUCAUUACGCCACGAAAAUCUCCCGACUUCGGUGUUCGCAAUGCCCACAAAUGAUAUUUCAAAAUGCCAUCGAUUUGGGCAUUCACUCAGCCGAAACGCAUCUCCGUGUCGUUCACCAAUGCGCGAUUUGUCACUCAACACAUGACACGAUUUUAGAUUUCAAGGAACACUUCCAAAUGCACAGUGAAGAGAGGGAAGUCCCCGCGUGCAAUGUGUGCGAUGUGGCGUUCAAUUCGGAGGAGAUUCUCACACUACACAUUCAGCUUACGCACAGAGAACCAACGAGGCCACCAAGCGGUUUCCCGUUACUACCACCAUUUCACUUUCCCAAUUUCGACUUCCAAAUGCCAAUCGAUCCAUCAUUGGAACCAAAAAGCUCACUUGAUUCAAAGGGUCGUCGACUUCACUGCUCGGUUUGUGAUGUUGAGUGUGAUGGGGAGGAGGCGCUUGAUGAGCAUCGACUCAUCGCUCAUUGCAAGGUUCUCCGCGGCGAUCGCUGUUCGAUGUGCAGUGCGGUGUUGAGUGUCCCAUCGGAGCUGGCCACUCAUUCCAGACUUCACGCGACGAAUGGGCAAAUCUCGUGCGCUGUUUGCAGGCAAACGAUGCGCAACGAUGGCCACCUACAAUUGCAUUCGCAUUUCCAUCUCGCAAUGACCACUCUACCCGUUUCAACGCAAAUUUUCGAGCCAACCGAAACCUUGACAAAUCCCGAGGAAAGAACGGCUCCAACUAGUUGUUUUGCGUGUCACGAGAAUUUCAUCGAAAAUGAGAAGCUCGAUGCGCAUCUGCUUAAACACGAUUCAGAAGCCAGAUGUCCAUAUUGCAUUAAAGAUAUAAAGCCGAGCAAUUUGUUAUCCCACAUAAAAGAACGGCAUGGCAAUGAAGAAGCGGAAACGGAAUGUGCCCGGUGCGGAAAGCAAUUUCAUUUCCGAAUCCAUUUAGAACAACACCAAAAUCAAGGGAAAUGUGUAGCGCCUAGUUCUGAUAACAUCGAUACGUGGAAUAUUUUUCCGAAGCCCAGCCUAAAUCCGAGAGACCCUUUGCCGCUCAACCAACCACCGCCGAAUAUGCUUCCUUUCAAUGAAACACCAAAAACUCAAAGGUGCCCAAUUUGUGGACUUUCUUUUAACACAUCUGUUAGACUGGAGGCACAUAUAAAGAAGCACAACUCGACAAGCCGUUCCAUUUGCCAAAUCUGCGCAAAAAGUUUUAACAGCAAAGAAGACUUGACUAAACAUAUGAAAGUCCACAAAGGGAACCUCGAAACAGCUGCAAGACUCGCAUCU